UCUAAUAAAAUAUUUAUUGUUUUACUUGUUGAUAUUUAUUCAUUUUUAGUUUAUAUAUUUCUUUCUGUUCAUUUUCCUUCCANUUUAUUUCACAAACUCACAGUUGCCCCUCAAAUGGGCUAUGAGAAAAGCAUUUGGAUUCAGGGAAUAUGGGGUUUCAGAACAAUAUUUUUUUGUCAAAUUCAUUGGUGAAUAAAUUCAAGAAUUCCUACAUUUGAUUAUCUGAAAAUAAAAUGUUAAAAAUAAACUGAGAGAAAUUAAAUGACAAUGGGGUUGGAUUAUUACAACAUAUUGAAGGUGGGCAAAAGUGCAACAGAGGAUGAUCUGAAAAAAUCUUAUAGAAGGUUGGCCAUGAAAUGGCAUCCAGACAAGAACCCCAACAACAAGAUUGAAGCUGAGGCCAAAUUUAAGCAAAUCUCAGAAGCAUAUGAUGUCUUGAGUGAUCCUGAGAAAAGGCAGAUAUACGAUCAAUACGGCGAAGAGGGUCUCAAAGACAUGCCCCCACCCGAGUCGACUCAAAACGGUUUCAACUCACGAAAUGCAGAGGAUAUUUUCGCCGAGUUUUUCGGAAGCAGCCCUUUCGGGUUCGGCUCGUCUGGAGCCGGCCGGUCCACAAGAUUCUCCUCCGACGGAGUUGGAGGAAUCUUCGGUGGACCCGAUAACGUGUUUCGAAAUCCGAGCGAUGGGAAUGGAGCUAACAUGCCCAAAAAACCGCCACCUGUCGAGAGCAAACUCCCGUGCAGCCUCGAGGAGCUUUACGCCGGGUCGACCCGCAAGAUGAAGAUCUCAAGACAAGUGGUCGAUGCAAACGGGCGAUUAUCAUCCGAGUCGGAGAUCCUAACGAUCGACGUGAAGCCAGGCUGGAAAAAAGGCACGAAAAUAACCUUCCAAGACAAAGGCAACGAGCAGCCCAAUCAGCUUCCGGCAGACUUGGUUUUCCUGAUCGACGAGAAGCCACACACAGUGUUCAAAAGGGACGGCAAUGACCUCAUCAUGACCUACGCGAUGACUCUAGCAGAAGCCAUCGGGGGCACAACCGUAAAUUUCACCACGCUCGAUGGGCGUAGCCUAUCUAUCCCGGUCGCUGACAUCAUCAGCCCGGGAUACGAGGUCGUAGUUUCUAGAGAAGGAAUGCCGAUUGCUAAGGAGCCCGGCAAUAGAGGCGAACUCAAGAUCGUGUUCGAGGUUAAGUUCCCGACCAAAGUAACUGCCGAGCAACGGGCCGGGCUUAAACGAGCUUUGGGAGGUUCGUGAAUGUAACUGGCCGAGCUUAAACGGGCUUUGGGAGGUUCAUAGAGUGUUGUUUUUCAAUGAAUGUGUAUUGUGUGUACUGUCAACUGUGUACUCUUUGCUGUGUUUGCUUUCUUUCUGGUUUUUUGUUGUUAGGGGUAAUUCAAAUGCUACCUUUUAAAAUUAACUGAAUAAGAAGAAAUGUGUUGAUUUUGAUGACACAAAUAUUUUCUUGAGGAUUGUAAGUUCUGCAAACAGCCCUCUUGAGGAACACUUUUUUUUCAGAUGCAC